AUGGUAAACACCAUUGAAUACUCACAACAUGCCUCUGCCAGUCCCGUCACCAUCGCGGAUGCCCAGACACUCCGGGAACCCCUCGCCCCCUGCAGUCACCAUCCGCAGAGUCUCUCCGCCAACAUCUCGUCCGGGCUCCUCGUCAACGUCGAAGAUGAUGCCGUUCUCGGCGUCCGGGAAUCCACGACCCGUGAGCAUGUUAAGCACCACGAGCGGGAGCGGGAGUGUGAAUCUCGUUCCCGAAGUGAUCGAGGAUAGCUCGAGAAUGCCUCCUCCCCCGGUACCUGGUAGUGGGAGAACAAUGAGCAUGAGAAGUAACAUCAGCAACUCAAGCUCUGGGAGUAAAGGCAAGUCGAAGAAGUCCGAUGAACCGAAGAAGCAUAAGGGGCUUGGGAAGAUGUUGAGUUUACGCUCUCACAACAAACCUGAUUCUCCCGAGAAAAAGAAAGGGGACGAGUCGUCUAGUCGGCUGGGUAGGGCCAUGUCCAUGACGUUCCGGUCCUCUAAGGGAGGUGACCCGGAGAAGGAGAAGGACAAGGAGAAAAAGUCGGCGGAGUCAAAGGGGCUAUUGGGGAGGACUAUGAGCCUGAGAACACACAAAUCCGGUAUUGUAAGUGGUGCGAAGACUGAUCCUUCUACCACCGCUCCGAACGGACUUGCAAAGGCUGGGAGGCUACGCCCGAAUUCGAUCUAUGGUGGCAGUACGAGCUCUCUACCGAAACUCGGGGCUGAGCCCAUCAGUUCCGCAACCGCAUCUGUGGCUCGCAGGCCGACCGCUGGCUCCAUCCCAGCACCUCCCGUGAAAGCUCAUAGAAGAAGUGCAUCCACCGUGUCUACCGCAUCUAUAACACCUAGCAGCAACUCUCGCCCCGGAACAGCAACAAAGAAUACCACCCCUCCAGCUGGUAACAACAAACGCCCCCCCUUCAGCUCAUUCAGCCAGGAAUAUCCUCAACCCGCACCCUCUGGCCCAUCCCCCCGGUCAAAAAUCCUCCCACCGCCCCCGCUAGACACUCAAACCAUCCACCAACAAACGCAACUCCUCCAACUCCUAACCCUUCACUCCUCAUCGGGUCAGGUAUACCAAGAACUCAUAGCCUCGGCAACCACAACCCUAAAAUCCCGCUUUGAGAAACUCUCAGCCAGACAUUACGACGUCCGCGAAACUAGCAUCAAAAGGCAGAACCGCGCAAACUUGGACUCCCUAGCCCUUGUCGUAAACACCGGUCCCACCAUCCCGACGAAGCGCCGCCAGACAAUAAGGUCACCGGAAGAGCUCGUUCAGGCAUUCUCUGAGGGCAUCAAACGCACGGACGCCCUAAAAACCGGUGAGUUCCGUAAACUGUCCACCACCUUUGGCGAGUGGAUUAGUGGGUACAACUCCGCUGCCACCGGUAGGGAAAAGUGGGUCGACGGGAUUGGAGAGAAUUGGCGGUACGAUUGCGACACCGUCGAGAGGAAAUUGCAAUCCGCCGUGAAGGGCAUCGAGGGCGUUCGAGAGCUAUUUGGAACGUUGGGGGAUGACGAUGCAGUCAAGACUACCGUGCAAAGGGUUGCGGAAGGGUAUGAAUUGCUUGCGGGGGGAAUGUUGGAGGAAGUCGAGAUGAUGCGGAAGAUGGAGUGCGAGGUUGUCAUGAAGGAGCGGAGGACACUUCGAGCCCGGGUGGAGAAUAUCAUGGUGGGCGAGGUUAAAGCCAGGGAAGUAGGUGUUUGGGCCAGGUAGGGUAUAGUAGUUCUUCCGACAUCUUGCAGCGGUAGGGCUGGUGGUGGUCUUUUUUUCUUUCUUUUUUUCCCCCUUCCUCCUUCGCUUUACUUCAAUUCACUUCUUAGUCGUCGCUGUUACGAGUGCAAUACUGGAGCCAUGAUUUAAUGCCCCGAUGUUCUUUUCCAAAAUCUUUUUUUCUCUUACCUUUUUCCUAUCGUUCCUUUGGGGGUGGAGGGUGAGGAAGGUGGAUGUGGAUAUGUUCUUAACCUUCCUUUGUAUCACGAGCACAUGUAUGUUAUCGGCUAGUUUGGUCAGCUAGCUAAAUUAGCUAUGAUGAGCUCAGGAUAUGGUUUGAUGAUUGGGAUGGACCUGCGAGUGGGGUUUGAAGGUGCGAUACAUUGAAAGUAGUGAAGGUAUGAUGGGGUUUGCGAUACCUGCAACGAAAAGAGGAGGAAGGAACGUUCUUAUCCGCAUCUGUACAAGUAAAGCUCGUAGUAGAAGAUUAGGACCCCAG